AUGAGUCUCUUGAAAAACCAGUUACUUGCUCCACCUGCUGAGAUAAAUUUAAGAGUAGGACUCUGUCCCAAUGAUGAAAACGAAUUUGGAAUCCUACAAAUCAAAACAGUCCUCAAGUUGCAGAGGAGAACUAAACGACAAGUUAAUCGACUGGCAAGCAAGUCUACAAAAUCUGUUCAGAAGCAAGACAUAGAUCUCCUUGGAGUUUUCAUGUGGAAUACAAUUACAAGAAUAUCACAUAUACUGAGAUUAUCAACUUGGGUUUCUGCUCAGGAGCAGUUGAUAAAACUUCCCAUAAAAUGGGACUUCUACACAGUCAAUCAAGUUCUCAAGACCCAUCCUCCUAUGGAGAAAGCCUGGUUGUUUUUUAAUUGGACCUCUCAAUUGAAAGGCUUUAAGCAUGACCAGUUUACCUACACGACUAUGUUGGAUAUUUUUGGGGAAGCUGGGAGGAUUUCAUCCAUGAACUAUAUCUUUAAGCAGAUGCAAGACAAAGGAAUAAAGAUAGAUGCAGUGACUUAUACAUCCCUUCCUCACUGGCUUUCCAACCAUGGGGACAUUGAUGAGUCCAUUAUAUUGUGGCAUGAUAUGAAAGAUAAAGGAUGUAUUCCUAAUGUUGUUUGCCACAUUGCAUAUAUGAAAUGUUUGUUUGAUCACAAUCUAGUUAAGGAAGGAGCUAAGAUAUACAAGGAGAUGCUUCAGUCUGGUUGUUGUCCCAACUGCCACACAUACACUGUCCUUAUAGAGCAUCUUGCUAGUUCUGGUGAGAGAGAUUUUCUUGUUCUUUCUUAUUAUGGUUGGGAACUUUGA